GCAUGAUAAGGAACCUGACCGAAAUGCUUUAUUUCCAGAAACAGGUGGGGGGGACGAGUACCUGCUGUUGAUGCUGGUGCUGCUGAUUGCUACAUUUGCUUACCGCAUCACGAUUGGCAAUCAAAGGGAGAAGUCCAGGCCGCAAUUGGUGCAGAGCGGUCCGUCCGCACAGGGCGUGUGGUGCCCCAUAUGGGCUGUAUAACCUCUUUUAUGUUCCUGUCCAUUGUAUCCUUAACUCUUGCAGGAAUAAUCUUCCGGGGUCAUUCAUGUGUUCCCAUUCAGGUACCGGCAUUCGAUUUGCCGAGGUGUCCACUCACAGGGCUUUUCCUUAUUUUUGUCUGUGCAAAUCGGUACAUACCGCUCGUGCAAAUGUGUCACUCUGUUGCUGUGAUAACAAACAACGGGUGCUGCAGGCCUCACUUGUGAAUGGUUAGUUGCUCAAGACGCAAUGUAUCUCUCAAGUUAAAAGACCAAAGUCGAUGAGGUAUGUUGGUCUUGAGGUUUAACAGUAAAGAGUCUGGUCAGGAUGGCCUCUUCUCUUAACCGUUGGAAAGAAGGUUUGGUCCUCGAGGAGCUUAUGAAAUUGUCCAUCUUGUCAACGUGGCGGUGGUGGCUGUUUCAGCAUAGGCUCACUCGCGCCAAAAGACCAAAAUUUAAGCACGGCCAGUCUAUAUUACUCCGAGGAGAAACGGAGGUUGUUCUUAUUGGGGAGCCAUUCUGGGGGAAUCAUCAUCGUUUGUGGUGUCUCAAAAAUGAAAAAGUCCGUCGUGAGGUUCAAGGAGGCAGGCGCUGUUGUCUUUUCUUUUCAUUUGUUUCAAUUUACUGGUGUUCUGUAAAUGACGAUGGUGGUGCUAUACCUCUGGUGCCGUGCUCGAACCCUCUGGGA